AUAGAUGCAAGUAUAUAUUCUUCAGUUUAUGUCAAGCAAUUUCCACCAGCAAUGCAGAGAACAUAUGAUAGUAAAUAUAUAACUGCUGAUACCAUAGUUCAGGCUUCAUUUGAAUAGGUAUGGAGGAGAUAUUAUUGUAGCCAAGACCAAGGUGGAUUAGUGGUGGUGGGCUGAUGCAAAGAGGAGUUAUGUCUGAUAUUUGAUUAGCUGAUAAUUCCAGUUCCUAGAGAUGUAAAAAAGUAGUAAUCAUCAUUGCAAAGACAUAAAUAGCUCAACAAGGUCAUACACGAGACUCUGUACUGGUCCUUAACUUGUAGAAUACUCUAGUGACCAGUAUAUUAUGUCCACCAUAGGUAUGAGUUCUGAAAUACCUAAGCAUCCAUUAUUUAAUAAAAAGCUAUUACUUUGUACAUGACAAUACUAUUAAUUUAAGGCCAAUUUAAGCAAUUUUUAACCUACAACUGCAGUAUUAGACUUGGCUUCAAAAUGUCUUAGGCUAGGCUCACCCACACGUGCCACAACUGUCAUAUAAUCAACACUAAGCCAUUGCUAAACACGCACAUUGAUWAAGCAAAAUGCUAGUUCCAGUCGUAAUUUGAACAAAAAAAAUCAUGUCAUUUUCCUAUGUCCAGUGUUAGGAUUUUAAGCCUUUGCUCACCUUACUACAAGUACAUGCUGUGAGUUAUUUGCCUAAGUCAUUUAUACAGCACAACUUGGAGAUAUCUAAACGACAAUCAUAUCAUGUAACCUCAGGUGCACAUACCUGCAAUUCAGAUGGUAGAUUCUUUGAGUUGACAUCUGAGAUCAAGUUUGCACUUAGAGUAAAUUGUUUUAAAUUCUUAAAUUGGAGAAGCCCCUCAUCAAUUUCUGUAACCUACAACAAAAAGACAACCAUUCUUCAUGAUAAAUAUCAUGUCACAUAGUUCAGUAAUGCAAUAAACAGAAUUGAUUAAAGGAAAUAUUUAUUAUUUUCAAAUUUAUAAUAACUAAUUGAGAAAGUGUGUUUUACCUUUUUAUCUAUAAUCCUUAAUGACUUGAAAUAAUUGAGCACGAAAUCAUGACUGAGUUUAUGGGGUGUUUUUACUGCUAUUUCUCUCAGCAAUGAAGCUUCAUUACUCCAGCUACAGUCUAUAUUGUACGGAGGUUUGAGAGAUAACUCUUGUAGACCUUCUACUGUUUCAUACUGUGCUGUUACCUCUGGUAAGAUAAUGUUAUCAAGUCUUAAGUAGAAAGAAAGGCGYGCAAAACAAUAAUAUCAAACAAAUUCAUUGCAUGCAUGCAUUGCAGUUUUGUUACAAUUAACUUAAGUUUCUUACCAUUUCGUGAAAUUGGCUGUAUUUCAGUUUUAGUCUUCAAUUUCGAUGCUUUUAUUGAAAGUUUUAAGUCAGGUAUUCUCUGUUAAAACGUUCAAAACCAUACUUUACGAGAACAAUUAUUUAUCAAUUAAAGAUAGUAUGUUGGUAUCAAUAACUUUUGAUUGCUGAUCAAUUCUAUGAAAUAAAUAUAAAACUUACCCAGGUUCCAAAUCCACAGGGAAACUCUUUAAUGCAAAGAGCUUUUAGCUGGGAAUUAAAAGCAUCAGUAACAGUAAAAGAAGCUGGCUGCAUUUUUGAUUUUACUUUAUAUUGUGUUUUCUCCAAUGCAGCCAGACCGCCAUUUUGGUUGCUAACGAAAGCGCUCGUAUCUAAGGAAAUCAAGAGUUAGUUACCAGUUUUCGCACAUCUGAYCCUGAUCAGUGCCCAGACUCCUAUACGUUUGGAAUGAAGUCAUAGGAAAAAUGGCUCAAGAAAAGAAAGAAUUUUUGCAUAUUGACGGAGACGAGGGGUUUCAGUCUCGAGCAAAGUCAAUUUUCGAAAGCUUAGAUAACCUCGAACCGUCAAAAGAAUCAGAGAAAUCGGCUUCCCCAGAUGUUGCAAGAGGUAAAAGACGCAGACCCAACCAGGUGCCUGACCAUGUUUUGCAUCCAGAAAAAUGGACAAAGUAUAGUUUAGAAGAGGAUGGCAGCGAAAGUCUUGGACGUUUAAGCGCGAAUGAAGUAAACAGACAUGCUGCUUUGAGCUUCUUAAACGAAAUGAAAAACAGGAGAAAAAACAUCGAGAAAGAAGCGUAUUUAUCAAGUGAUGAAAAGCAUCACACCUUUGCAAAACCUUGUGCUAAGGAUAAAGAUGCUACAUCUACAGACAAAGAACACGCAACCUGCAAACAAGGUGUUAAUGUUAUGCCAGAAUAUGUGGUUGGUAAGACAAAACCUCAGAUCAAGACGAAAAAAAACAGCUUUCCACCUUCCAAUUCCACCACAAGUCAACAUGCUGAUGUAGUAGUACACAUAAGCCAUGUAAGUUUAUUAGAUACUGAUGUUGAUGCAUCAGAACAAAACGAUAUUCAUUAUAAAGAAAAAGUAGCAUUCACCAAGCAUAAACACAGACAAAACAGAAACAUCAGGAAGCAAAGACCCAAAGAUGAUAAUGAUGAUGAAUAAAGUAGAGCACCACUUUGUAAAAGGGUAGGGGUGGGAAAAAGUAAAACUUUUACCCUUAUUAAAAGUAAAGUAUAGAUAAAUGUUGUCCUAAAAGCUAAAGAUAACUACCAGAAAAGCUGCAAGAGCUGCAUGUUUUGAAUUUGCCCAAGAUAUGACUUUCAUCCUAUCUUUUUUUAUUAAAAUAUAACAUUCACCUGG